CCCCGCCGCCCGACUAGGAAGCGCGAGCGCCGGCACCGCCGUCAGAGCCGAGCGGCCACAGCGAGCCCGCGGCUCCGCUCCGCUCCGCGCCCGCUCGGCUCCCGGCCGCCCUCGGCCGCCGCCCGCACCCGGCGCGGCAGGAGGUGGCGGGGGACCAUGGCUGACGUCUUCCCGGCCGCCGAGCCGGCGGCGCCACAGGACGUGGCCAACCGCUUCGCCCGCAAAGGGGCGCUGAGGCAGAAGAACGUGCACGAGGUGAAGAACCACCGCUUCAUCGCGCGCUUCUUCAAGCAGCCCACCUUCUGCAGCCACUGCACCGACUUCAUCUGGGGGUUUGGGAAACAAGGCUUCCAGUGCCAAGUUUGCUGUUUCGUGGUUCACAAGAGGUGCCAUGAAUUUGUUACUUUUUCUUGUCCGGGGGCAGAUAAAGGACCCGACACAGAUGACCCGAGGAGCAAGCACAAGUUCAAGAUCCACACCUAUGGCAGCCCCACCUUCUGCGAUCACUGCGGGUCCCUGCUGUACGGACUCAUCCACCAGGGGAUGAAAUGUGACACCUGCGACAUGAACGUGCACAAGCAGUGCGUGAUCAACGUGCCCAGCCUCUGUGGGAUGGACCACACGGAGAAGCGGGGCCGCAUCUACCUGAAGGCCGAGGUCACGGACGAAAAGCUGCAUGUCACAGUACGAGACGCGAAAAACCUAAUCCCUAUGGAUCCAAACGGGCUUUCAGAUCCUUACGUGAAGCUGAAGCUUAUUCCUGACCCCAAGAACGAGAGCAAACAGAAAACCAAAACCAUCCGCUCCACGCUGAACCCCCAGUGGAACGAGUCCUUCACGUUCAAAUUAAAACCUUCUGAUAAAGACCGGCGACUGUCCGUGGAGAUCUGGGACUGGGAUAGAACCACACGGAAUGACUUCAUGGGGUCCCUUUCCUUUGGGGUCUCGGAGCUGAUGAAGAUGCCGGCCAGCGGAUGGUACAAGCUGCUGAACCAAGAGGAGGGUGAGUACUACAACGUGCCGAUCCCCGAAGGCGACGAGGAAGGCAAUGUGGAGCUCAGGCAGAAAUUCGAGAAAGCCAAGCUUGGCCCUGCCGGCAACAAAGUCAUCAGUCCCUCCGAGGACAGGAGACAGCCUUCCAACAACCUGGACAGAGUGAAGCUCACUGACUUCAACUUCCUCAUGGUGCUGGGCAAAGGCAGCUUUGGGAAGGUGAUGCUGGCCGACCGGAAGGGGACCGAGGAGCUGUACGCCAUCAAGAUCCUGAAGAAGGAUGUGGUCAUCCAGGACGACGACGUGGAGUGCACCAUGGUGGAGAAGCGGGUGUUGGCCCUGCUCGACAAGCCGCCGUUCCUGACACAGCUGCACUCCUGCUUCCAGACGGUGGACCGGCUCUACUUCGUCAUGGAGUACGUCAACGGCGGGGACCUCAUGUACCACAUCCAGCAGGUCGGGAAGUUCAAGGAGCCGCAGGCAGUGUUCUAUGCGGCAGAGAUUUCCAUCGGGCUGUUCUUUCUUCAUAAAAGAGGAAUCAUUUAUCGGGACCUGAAGUUAGACAACGUCAUGCUGGACUCGGAAGGGCACAUCAAGAUCGCGGACUUUGGGAUGUGCAAGGAGCACAUGAUGGACGGCGUCACGACCAGGACCUUCUGUGGGACCCCCGACUACAUCGCCCCGGAGAUAAUCGCCUAUCAGCCGUAUGGGAAGUCCGUGGACUGGUGGGCCUAUGGCGUCCUGUUGUACGAGAUGUUGGCCGGGCAGCCCCCGUUCGACGGCGAGGAUGAAGACGAGCUGUUCCAGUCCAUCAUGGAGCACAACGUCUCGUACCCCAAGUCCUUGUCCAAGGAGGCCGUGUCCAUCUGCAAAGGGCUGAUGACCAAGCACCCGGGGAAGCGGCUGGGCUGCGGGCCCGAGGGCGAGCGGGACGUGCGGGAGCACGCCUUCUUCCGGAGGAUCGACUGGGAGAAGCUGGAGAACCGUGAGAUCCAGCCGCCCUUCAAGCCCAAAGUGUGCGGCAAAGGAGCAGAGAACUUUGACAAGUUCUUCACGCGAGGGCAGCCUGUCUUGACGCCGCCCGACCAGUUGGUCAUCGCUAACAUUGACCAGUCUGAUUUUGAAGGCUUCUCAUACGUCAACCCCCAGUUCGUGCACCCCAUCUUGCAGAGCGCGGUAUGAGAUUCCCCGCCAGAAGCCUCGCCCCAGCCCCCGCCCCUGCUGUGGGAAGCGCCCCCCACCCUAGAGUUUGACGGCCUCGUCCUUCCCUGUUCCAGGUGGAGGCCUGAGAACUGUAGGGUGGCUGUCCCAGCGCGCUGAGCUGCGUCAUCUCAGCGGAAGAUGACGUCAUGUCAGCAUCCACUUUGCAUAGAGGUGACAUCUGGCGGGGGUGACCCUUCCUGGAAAGCAAAUAGACUCUGGCCCCAUUGUUUUUUUUCCUUUUUUUGGUACAAUUUGAUGUGUUUCCCAAACCCUCUGUCGAUUUUCACCAUCCGGAUUUCCGAUCAGAGAUGUUCAAAUGAACCCACACAGCCUAGGGGGCCGGAAACACCUCUACCCUCCCCGUCUUUGGAAUAAAAGAAUGGGGGUCCCAGAGCUCGAGCGAGGCAGGACUCGGGGGUUGGGGGGCUUCAGAAAACGUGCCGCUUGUGUCCUCUGCCUCCAUGGACACUGUCCCCAGAACCCAAGAGGCUGGGAGAAGUCUAGUCCGGUUUGCAAGCUCACUGCUCCCAGGCGCUGACGGUUGUAACCCACUCAUGGUUCCGGUACUGCGGCCACUGGUUUAGAAGAAGAGGAAGAGAACCUCAGAUGGGUGUUGGGGGGGCGUCUGUCAUCUUGUACCCGACUUGGUUGAUAACUGUCUUGCUACUUGCAUUUCUUUUAAGAGGCCAAAUCUUCUAAGGAGUCCGCUAAAUGAGCACAAGAAUCAGAUCAAGGACAGACCAGUGUGUGUGUGUGUGUGUGUGUGUGUGUGUGUGAGACAUUCAUGAUCUCUGGGAGAUGACUCUGGAUCCAGGGUGCCAUCAGCCAUCAUGCCACUACUCACAGUGUUAUUAGCCAACCCCGUCCACACACUGCUAUUUCACUGCCUGCUGCCUGGGAAGUGGAAGUGUAGGCCCCACCCCUUUUGUACUUAUUUAUUGACCCAGUUGCGGUGUCCAUGAGAGUACGAUGUACAGUCAGCUCACCCAUGGUGGCUCCAGCUGCAGCCCCAGGACCCAGUCCCCUGUUCCUGUCUUCUGAAAUGAACAGCAGUACAGUUUUGGCCCCCUGGUCCCCCGGUGUGUCAUUUCGAAUGACACACCUGUAGAGUCAGGAAACCUGGAUGCAUUUCAGCUCAAAGAGGUUUUAUUGUUGGAAGGAUUUUAAUAUGUUUUGCAAAUGCAUCAUGCAAUGAACUUUGCAUGUUUAUAAUAAACCUUAAUAACAAGUGAAUCUAUAUUAUUGAUAUAAUCGUAUCAAGUAUAAAGAGUAUUAUAAUAAUUUUAUAAGACACAACUGUGCUAUAUUUGUGGAGGCUCUUGUUUCUCACUUGCUUUUAUGAAUAAGUUUAGCUCCCUUCCCCUGCACAGCUUCCUUUUCCACAGCCCUGCCCUGUGUGUACCCUGCCUUGGCACUAGAGCGGCUUUAUUAAUUUUUUAUUGCAGUAGAUCUAAUUUUGAAAGUGAAUGGCUACUUUACGUGAUCAAUAAGGCAUAUAUAUGUAUAAAUAUUUAAUUCUACCUGCAAACAGAAGUUUUGUCUGGGAGAUGAUGUUGAGGUGAGACCCCCCCUCCCCGCCCUUGGCCUCCGAGCACCAUCUGUGCCCUGGUCCUGCGUCCCUGUCUCUCCUGGGGCCGCAGGGACCCUCUGGCUCCAGGCGACCCAGGCCGCGGGUGCCGCUGUGGUGUCAUCGCGGCCCCAGGCCAGACUUGGUUUGUCCAUUCUGUUCCCUCCUGCAGCCUUGCUGCUGCUAGUGAUGGAAGAAGCCCUUCCCGACGUGCCUGCCUGGAUGCCCCAGGAGUGUGCGGGCCCUGGCACAACCCGCCGGCUGCUCCGCACCUGCAGACGGCGUGGCCAGGCCCAAGCGGUCCACGGCCAGGCCCCAGUGGUCCACAGACACUCUAGGGAGGCCGGGCACCCUCUCUGGGUCUUGGGAGGAGCACGCCUGUGAGACAGCAUCACAGUGAGGGCCUGGGAGGAGCCAGCUGCCAACAGCAGGAAGAGCGUUUCCACAGACGUGGUCGUCAGUCCAUACGGGGAUGCUCUGUUCCCCGUUGUUCCCCAAAGUGUCUCCCAGUGAAGUGUCUUCUCAUUUUUACGCUCCGCCUCUUUCCUGAUUCUCAGCUGACACACAACCCCUGAGGGGCUUUAAGAGACAAGAGGCCUCGCCUGUCCUGGGAACUUGUGCUUGGAGGAGGCAGCGGGUAGGAAAGAGCUUAGACCAGGUUAGACCAGCAGAGAGGAGCUUCUUCCGCCACCAUUGCUGGACCGUGAGCCCCCCGGGGGUCAGUGCAGGUCUGGCCCGUCCUCCCCGACACCUCGAUUGGUCUGAUGGAAAGGGACCCAGGUAUAGAGAGAACCUAAGAAACAGCCGGUCACCUGCCGUGGAGUGGAGUGGCCCCAGGACGGGUCCCCAGGCAGGUGCUCGGCGAGGGGAGGGCAGUCCAGGAUGGCACUCUGGGGCGCGGACCGCUUACUCCCAGCAGGCGCGAGCUGGGGAAGCCGCUCUGUCCCUCCGGCGGCCGACAGGCUUCCAAGUUGCUCCUCUUUCUUUGGAACCUUGCUCCGCAUGCCAGCUGGCUUCCAUCUUUUCUGAACGUGAGGAACCCCCCGUGUGAGGGCCAGCCCUGCAGGAGCGGCUACAGGCGUGAGGACAGAUGGGGGGAAACCCGGAAAGAUCAGGGUCAGCGGAGGGUCACCGUGGUGGAGCGUGUCAGUACGUUGCUCUGCCCUGGAUUUAGACCAAAGCUGAUGCUUUUUAAGAAUCUGAGCAUCCCACGAUAGUUCUGUUGAAAGCACACGCCAUAUAGGUGACGGUUAGCAGAGUGGAUUGAACCAAAGUUCUGUGGAUUCACCCCCGCCCCGUCAUGGGGGUCCCGUAAAAUAAAGCCCAAGGAGGAGGCCUUGAGGGGUCAGGCCCCCGAGAGACCCGGGAAGGACCGGGCCGUAUCGCCGGGGCCUGUGGGCCCAGCAGCAGCAGGACCCCGGGGAAUCCAGACCCCGUGGCCCCAGAGGCCUUUCAGAACGUCGCCCGCUCGGGUGGGACGGCCCUGCUAGGCUGGGGCCGUGGGAGGGGCUGCCCCUCCUCUGGCGUCUUGCUUAAACCCACAGGGGCCUGGUUUGAGGAAGCAUCUGGAGUGCGCCGCCCGUAGCGGUUGCUGCGAGGCCGGCGGGGGCCUGGCGGUCCUGGCGGUAGCGGGGAGACCCGGUCCCGCGAAGGUUCUUGUCGUUGCGUUUGCUCUUCCGCCCCUGUGAGUGAGCUCACCGUCCCGCAGGGUCACUGCCCGCUGUGUCCUCGGAGGUGUGUUUGGCUUUCUUAUCAGGACUUUGGGAGAAAAUCAGAGGGUGAAGAGGUCUUUGGAAACCCGGGCUGGAAAGGUCGGAUGGAAGACCGCGAGGACCCAGGUUGAUGCGAUUCAGCGCACUGCGGGUGCGGAUGAGCACGGUCUGCGCAGCGGCGCUCAGCGCAGUGCGGGGACAGAGGGGACAGGCCCCUGCUGCGCUCUGAGCCGGGAGAGGUCGUGGGAGAGGUUCGAGGGGUCCAGGCAAGGACGGGCUUGGGCUCAGAAGGACUGACAGACGCCCGCAGUAGGAGGAAGCCUGGAGGGAGGGAAAGGGCCCCUGGGAGGGCGUAGCUAUUUCCGGAGGCUUGAGAGCAAGUUUGCUGCUCCUGCCCCAGAACGUUCCCAAAGGCCCCGGCCCCUGAGCCCCUCGCCCCGUGAAGGGGCUUCCAGCUCUGGGUGGGACCCGAGUGUCCGGCAGGUGGGCCGCUUUCCCAGUGGCUUCCUGCAGCCCGGGGCGGGAGUGGGCAGACAGGGCAAAAUCGCCGGACUCCGCAGGCACACUCCACGCUGAGGGCACUGAGCAGAAGUCUGAGUGUGUGGCUGGGGGUGUUUCCUCAGAGCUGCAGGAAGGCAGAGUGAGAGUUGUCCGGUUUUAAAGCCCCAGAAAGGAAGCGCCCUGUGGCAGGCACCUUCUCACUGCCUGCCGUCUGGUGCAGUCACCUCUGUCGUGCGCCUGGCGCACCGUCUCCUGCUUCUCGAAGCCCAACACGCGCAGCCGUGUCUGUUCCCCCACCAGGCGCCCGAAACAUCCUCAUGGCCCUGGCACCGGGCAGGGAGCCAGAGAUGACUCUCGGGGUUCCGGGGAACAGGGGAGAAAGACUACCUGGCUGGUGAUCACCACACUGGAAUCUAACAGGGAGUGUUGGGAGAUGUCUUUUAAAAUCUUUUCCUUGAGUUACUUGGGUUAUAUUUCAUGAAAUAUAGUGACUGUCAGCAUUUCUAUCGUUUCCCGUUUGGGCGGAGGCAGCCAUCUAGCAAUGCCGUGUCUGCUGCUAGAAAGUCCCCUGAGUCACAUGUGGGGGAAGGCAGCAUGUAGAAACGCCGCGGCCACAAUUCUGUUAAUCCUGUAAUGUCAGGGGUCCCCAGGAGGGUUAAAAGUUGAGAUUAGGACCCCAGUGCCUCUGAUCUGUGUGAUCAGCUGAUAGUUAAUAAUUGUGUGUGUCCAACUCAGUCAUCAAACAGCCUUAUGAUAAUCCGCACGCACUAUGGCCCACAGGCUCCAAAGACUUUUUGAAACCUUAUGGAAAAAAUUAAUUUGUUAAUUCCAACAGAACACCUGAAUAUACUGGGCUAUUUGUACUUUUUUAUAGAGAACUUUAAUAACUCAAUUCUUCCUUUAAAUUGAGUUUUUAAAAUAAAACUCAUUUUAUUUUAAAAUGAGUUCAUAAGAUUUCAUAAGAUUCCAGUGAUUCCAAUGAUUUCAUAAGAUUCCAAUCACUAGGAGCCUGUAGGAGGACUCAGCUGGGGUGGGUCACCUGGAGCACCCCAGACCUGCACUCCCACUGCAGGAUUGUCCCCCGCUAGUGGGGUGUGGUGGCCCCCUCACAGUGACUGGAAGUCCAGAUGGGAUGUGUUGGAAGAAUGACGUCCUUGAUGUUUUUAAUAGACAGUUGGGACCACUGUCUAAAGUCUGAAAACUCUGGACACCAGAAAGAAGCUUUCCUGUUCCCUGUACAGGUGUAGCUCCAGGAUUGGGGAGGGGGGUCCCUAGGGCCCCCUUUCUUGCUCCUCAAGGCUCUGCAGCCACCUUUUGGCCUGGGAGUGAGGUGUUUCCUCCACUCUGUCUCCCUCUCCUAGGGUCCCCAGGUCUCACUUAUUUGGGGAAAGUUCAGUGAUGGGCUGUAAGAACUUGGCCCACGGGGCAGCUCAGAACUGCUCCAACGCCCAGAGAAAAGCAGCAAGCGUGCCCAUCGGUGUCACCUCUCGUGUGAGCAGACAGGACCCGUUUGCUCAGAAAAAUCCCUGUUUGUCAGAAACCAGUAUCAAGUCUACUUUCUAAGAACCUUUUUUUUUUCUAAAAUAAGACAAAAGGUGGCGUCGCAUUUUCUGAUUCAACAACUGUGUCUUUGUCUCCUCGGCUUAACUCUAGGAGUUUUUAUUCCAGUGACUUGGUAGACUUUUGUUGAUACUCUCCCUGGAAAAAUGUGAUUCUUUUCUUGAGGGGACGAAUCAAAAUCAUCCAUGAAGGCUGUGAUUCUUCUGAGUCUAAAAAUUCACCUCGUAUCUCCUCUAUUAGAGUCUUUCAGAAUAUCUUUUAUAGAUGAUCAGAAACAUUUGAAAUCAUUGCUUUUGUGCUAUUGUAGGGGGGAGGGUUGAAGGACACGCCAGGUUUAAAUCGUUAAUUGAAAAACAUCCCGUGUCAAUCAGACCCCAAAUCUGUGUGGAGGAGGUAGGGUUGGCGGGUGCGGUUUCCCUUCUGUGUGAGCAGCUACUGAUGACGUGCAAAGGCCGUUCAGCUGUCCGGUCACGUUCGGUUUAUCAUGGGCGAGACGGGUGUGCAAACUGCUGCGUUGUUCUGACACUGUCCCCUCUGAUCUCUGUUUGCAUGAUAUGCUCUGUUAGAUACAUUAACUGUAGUUUGGAAGCCGUGUGUACGAAUAAAGACAAUGACCAUC